ACAGCAGCACAUGGAGCUCUUUGAGGGGGAGGUGUGGAGGCACACGGUGCUAGUGUUCACCUCCACCACCGGCCUGGGGAACUCCAUUAUCGAGCAGCAUAUCGAGAGCUCAGGAGAGGCCGUCCGCUGGCUGGUGGAGAGGUGCGGGAACAGGUACCACCACCUCAAAAUCAGGAACCCUGGUGACAGCAGCAGUCAGGUGUCGCAGCUGCUGGAGAAAGUGGAGGAGAUGGUGGUGGGGAAUGGGGGCCGCCAUUUUGUAAUGGCUCCACAGAGAGUGUGGGAAAUCGAGGAGAGGAGGAGGAGGGAGGAGAAUGGUGCUAGAGAAAUGCUGAAGAAGGUGCAGACACAGAGAGACACACUCAGAGAGAAACUCGGAGGUGACCCGUGUCCCCAGUCAGAGCUGAGGAUAGUGCUGCUGGGGGCUAAGAAUGCUGGGAAGAGUUCCUCAGCCAACACCAUCCUCGGCCGGCUCGAGUUCGACACCGCCAGAGGCACCACCCAGUGUGCCACAAGUCGAGUAGUCGUCGCGGGUCUGCAGGUGGCGGUGGUCGACACCCCUGGCUGGUGGUCCAACUUCACCCUCGUUGAGUCUCCCGCCAUGACGAAACGAGAGAUCGCACUGAGCGUAUCCCAGUGUCCUCCAGGACCCCAUGCCUUCCUGCUGGUGGUCCGCAUGGACAAGGCCUUCGCCGAGGCAGCGGCAGGGGUGGCGAGGGAGCACAUGGAGAUCCUGGGGGAGCACGUGUGGCGGCACACGGCCGUGCUGUUCACCCGCGGAGACUGCCUGCAACACAGCAGCCUGGAGCAGCACAUCGAGAGCGAAGGCGGCGCACUGAAGUGGCUCAUCGAGAAGUGCGGCAACCGAUAUCACAGCCUGAGCAACAGCAACAGCGCAAGAUCGGGGAGCCAGGUGACAGGACUGCUGGAGAAAAUAGAGGAGAUGGUGGCAGGGAACAGCGGCUGCUGCUAUGAGAUGGAUGGAGAGGUAGUGAUGGAGCUGCAAGAGAGAAGGAGAGUUGAGGGGGAGCGAGCACUAGAGAGGUACAAGAUGGUGGAGAAGAAGAGAGCAACGGUUCGAUCUCAGAUGGACAAAUCUUUCCGGACGGAUCUGAGACUUGUGCUGCUGGGAUGUAGAAGAGCUGGAAAGAGCUCAUCCGCUAACGUCAUCCUGGGCAGAGAAGCGUUCAGUGGAAGGACAGUCGAGUGUGUGAAGAGUCAGGGAGCCGUGAGAGGCAGGCAGGUCACCGUGGUGGACACCCCAGGCUGGUGGGCCAGUUACUCCGACACAGAUUCCCCUGAGCUGGUGAGGAGACACAUCAUGUCCAGCGCUUCGCUCUGUCCUCCUCCGGGACCAAACUGCUUCCUGCUGGCCGUACGGAUGGACAACGCCUUCACGGAGGAUCACAGACAAGCCAUCGCGCAGCACCUCGAGUGUUUUGGCGAAGCGGUGUGGAGGCACGUGCUGGUGCUGUUCACCUCUGCCCACUGUCUGGGAAACACACUGUACAUUGAGCAGCACAUCGAGAGUGAAGGAGAGGCGUUGCGCUGGCUGGUUGAGAAGUGUGGGAACAGGUACCAUGCUCUGAACAACAUCACCUGGAGUGAUGGAACGGAGGUGGAGGAGCUGCUGAGGAAGAUGGAGGAGAUGGCGGUGGAAAAUGACGGCUGUGUUUAUGAGAUGGACCACGAGAAACUGCAGGAGGUGCAAGUCAGAAGACAGGUGGAGGAGGAGAAAGGGGAGGACAGACAAGUCAGGGUUUACAAACAAACAUCUGUUUUGAGAUAUGUCAUGGGUGAGGUCCCUCAGCUCCCUGUGCUGUGGUUCUUGCUGUGCGGCUGCAGGGGGUCAGGAAAGAGCUCAUCAGGAAACACCAUCCUGGGCCGACACGUGUUUGACAAUACGCUGUCCACGACCCUGAGUGCGAACAAGCAGGCAGAGGUGGCCAACAGGCUCGUCACUGUCAUUGAUACUCCGGGAUGGCCAGACGACCCCAAGGCAGAGGACCCUGAAGCACCCACAGACACAGAGGCCUUCUUCAAAGCGGCUACGACUCCUCCAGGGCCUCACGCCUUCCUGCUAACUGUGCAGGUGGAUAAGGCGUAUACCGAGGCUGAGAGGCAGGCCACCCAGCGCCAGCUGGAGCCCCUGGGAGAGGGCGUGUGGAGGCACACCAUGGUGCUGUUCACCUGUGGGGACAGCCUGGGCAGCAUGGCCAUUGAGGAGCACAUCGAGAGCGCGGGAGAGAGCCUACAGUGGCUGGUCGAGAGGUGUGGCAACAGGUACCACGUCCUCGACAAUGAGAAGAAAGGCGACGACGCUGUAGGACAGAUCACCAAGCUGCUGGAGAAGAUAGAGGAGGUAGUGGCAGGGAACAGUGGCCGCAACUUUGAACCGGAGGCAAUGCACGGCUAUGUAGGAGUUUCACAAGGAGAUGCGCUCCAGCAAACAGGAUUUACAGAGGAGAAGAGUGAAGGAACACUGGAGGAGUUCAGGAAACAGCUGGAGGACAUGGAGCUGGCUCAAAGCAAGGACACCCCACCUCAGAUGGGCAAAGAGGACAGAUCAGAGAUAUCUUCGGAGGACAGCUCUGGACGUGGAACGCUGCAGUCUCAGUCAGAAACUUCUAGUCAUAGGUCGGUUAUGACAUCACAGAGUUCUGGAAUACACUCUUUGAGAUCAGGCACUGAGGCAGAUGUGGAGUCGGUGGCGGGUGUCUGGGAAGAGCAGAGCGUCCAGAGUGAAGACGAUGCAGUGGGGGAGGAAGAAUGGGCUGAUGGGAAAACAACAGUUUAAUGUAUAGCAUGAUAUAAUGUUACAAUGUAAAACACUUGGAAAAUUGGAAAAAACUCCAAUGAAGAAAAAAGAAAAAUAAUGACCAUUUUGCUGUUUUCUUUACUAUGCAACGUUCAACCACAACGCAUAUUAAAGAAAAUAGUGAAACGGUCAGUAUGCGGGAGUUUUUUCAAAUUGUCUGAUGCGUGAUUCCUAUUAAGACUCCAUUUAGUAUUGUAAUGUAAAAAAGAAAUAAGUAUUACUCUGUAUGACGUUAUGACAGUGACAUUAUGACUAUGUCUAUUUCCUGGCUGGCAUCUUUAAGACUGCAGAGGGUGGACACUGUAAUACACCAAUGAAAAUUAAUCUUAAAUCCUUGUAGUAAAUGUUGCCAUUUUGUAGCUUCAGUCGUUCAUCUCCAAAAUCUAUGCUGUUGUAAAAGACAGUCGG